UAGAGGGCAGCAGCACCGCCUGAAUCAAUCGAAGUUGCCGUAAAUCGAAGAAGAAGUCGCAGCACUUCAGGUCUAAGCGCUGCAGCGUUAGCUAGUCAACAUCUUGUCCAGUUUGAGAGGCGGAGGGCUAUCUUGUCCCCCCGGUGCUUCGUCGUGCAGGGGGUAAACAGACGGCGGGCUACGGGGCAACAUGGUGCAGCUGCACGUGAAACGCGGAGACGAAAGCCAGUUUCUCUUUAACACAUCCGUGGACGCUCCGCUGGAGACGGUGAUCGCGCAAAUUGCGGCCAUUUACAACGGGAGACUCAAAGUGGACAGAUUGUGCUCAGAGAUCCCAGAGCUCGCGGACCAUGGCAUCACGUUGCCGCCCAACAUGCAGGGGCUCACAGAGGAGCAGGUUGUCGAGCUGAAACUUGAAGAUGAAUGGGAAGACAAGUGCGUGCCUAGUGGGGGGCCGGUGUCUAGGAAGGAUGAGAUCGGGAGGAGGAAUGGACAUGCUCCGAAUGAUAAAAUGAAAGAAGUGUUGAUGAGAACAGUGGAGGAGGCAAAGGCACUUGUCUCCAAAAAACAAGCUCAAGCAAACGUUUGUGUCACGAUGGAGAUGGUAAAAGAAGCCCUGGAUCAGCUAAGAGGGGCGGUCAUGAUUGUCUAUCCCAUGGGCCUGCCGCCUUAUGACCCGAUCAGAAUGGAGUUUGAAGACCGGGAGGACCUUUCAGGAACACAAGCUUUUCUGCAAGUGAUCCCAGAGGAUGAGUGCCAGCUAUGGUGGGCUGCCAAAGAGAUGCAAAGAGGGAAGAAACUACAGGAUUAUGUUGGCAAAAAUGAAAAAACAAAACUUGUGGUGAAAAUUCAAAAGAAAGGUCAGGGUGCACCAGCAAGAGAGCCACUGAUCACAGAUGAACAGCAGAAGCAGAUGAUGCUGCAUCACCACAGGAGGCAGGAGGAGCUCAAGAAACUAGAAGAGGCAGACGAUGAUAGCUACCUGGACUCAGAGUGGUCUGACAGACAAGCCCUCAAAAAGAAGUUUCAAGGCCUCACCAACAUCAAAUGGGGGCCUAGAUAAAGACCACUGCUCUGGUACCCACCUUGCAUCGUCUGCAUCAACCCUGAUCCUAUGCAACAAAUGAAUUACUUUUGGUGUCAUGUGUUGAUGUGACUAAGGCCAAUACAGAAAUCCACUGGC